AUGGAGAUUCUCGCCUCGGUGCGGGAGCGCGCCCUGAACGCCGACGGGGCUAGCCGCAAGGCCAUCAUCGACCAGCUGAACCACCUGGCGCGGGAGCUGGAGACGCCGCAGGACUGCAUGCAGCGCAUCCUCUACCAGCCCAUAACGCUGCCCGUGGUCCGCGCAGGGUGCGACCUCGGCCUCUUCAAUCACAUUGUCGACAGCCCGCAGCCGCUUUCCAGCGCACAGCUCGCCGACAAGUGUGGCGCCUCGCCGCUGCUGCUCGGGCGGCUCCUGCGGUACAUGGCGUCGGUGGACGUGGUCCGCGAGACGGCGCCGGAUGCUUACAGCGCGACGACGACGACGCGGACGCUGGCGUCGCGGGACUGGCAGAGUGCUGUUUUCCACAACUUCGACGUCAUCGCGCCUUGCGUCGCCGCCAUGCCUGAGUUCCUCAAGGAGCACGGCUACCGCGACUCGCAGGACCCCGCCGACUGCGCGUUCAACCGCGGGCACAAGACGGACCAGCGGUGCUUCAGCUGGUAUCCCUCGCAGCCGGAGCUGUUUGCGCACUUUAACCGCUUCAUGCGCGUGCAGCGCGAGGGCAUGCCGACGUGGCUCGACAAAUACCCGUAUCUGGAAGCCGCGCGUGCUGCAGCAAGGCCGGACCAGGUGCUGUUUGUCGACGUCGGCGGUGGCGUCGGCCACCAGAGCGUGGCGCUGCGUCGCGCGCUGCCGGCGGACGUGACGGGACGCAUCAUCGUGCAGGACCUGCCGGCGCUGACUGAGCAGGCGGCGCUGCGGCGGGAGGACGGCGUCGAGCACAUGGUGCAUGACUUUUUCACGGCCCAGCCGGUGCGCGGCGCGCGCAUGUAUUACAUGCGCAACAUUAUGCACGACUGGCGCGACGAUGACGCGGUUGUGAUUAUGAGAAAUGUGCGCGGGGCGAUGGGCGAGGAGUCGGUGCUGCUGAUUGACGACAUGGUGCUGCCGAACUCGGGUACGCACUGGCACGCGGCGCAGCUGGAUAUUGUCAUGAUGGCGGCGCUGGCGGCGCGCGAGAGAACGAGGAGGGAGUGGGAGGAGCUGGUACCGCGAGCGGGGUUGAGGGUGAAGAAGAUCUAUCGGUACACGGAGAGUCUGGGCGAUUCCAUCAUCGAGUGCGUCCGGGACGAUGGGAGCUGA